CUUUACCGAGACGAAAACGUAAGUUCUGACGUUUUGAGGUCUCACUGGGCCUGAAUCGUCGACGACUCGGAGAGUCGCAGGCGCGAAGUUUCCUGGCCUGGAAGAGGGGUCGCCCAGAGUGCGAGAUGCAAGUGGGGAAGCCCAUCCUCUAUUCCUACUUCCGAAGCUCCUGCUCAUGGAGAGUUCGAAUCGCUCUGGCCUUGAAAAACAUGGACUAUGAGACGAUAACCAUCAACCUCACAAAGGAUGGGGGGCAGCAGUUCUCUGAAGAAUUCCAGGCCCUGAAUCCCAUGAAGCAGGUGCCAGCCCUGAAGAUUGAUGGAAUCACCAUUGGCCAGUCACUGGCCAUCAUUGAGUACCUGGAGGAGACCCGGCCCACGCCGCGACUCCUGCCUCAGGACCCAAAGAAGAGGGCCCACGUGCGCAUGAUUUCCCACCUCGUGGCCAGCGGCAUCCAGCCCCUGCAGAACCUGUCUGUCCUGAAGCAAGUGGGACCGGAGAACCAGCUGACCUGGGCCCAGCAGGCCAUCAGUUCUGGCUUUAACGCUCUGGAGCAGAUCCUGCAGAGCACAGCGGGGAAGUACUGUGUGGGAGAUGAGGUGUCCAUGGCUGAUCUGUGCUUAGCGCCUCAGGUGGCAAAUGCUGACAGGUUCAAGGUGGAUCUCACUCCCUACCCUACCAUCAGCCGUAUCAACAAGUCACUGCUGGCCUUGGAGGCCUUCCAAGUGUCUCACCCCUGCCGGCAGCCAGAUACACCCCCUGAGCUGAGGGCCUAGCUCUCAAACCGCGCCCCACUUGUGCAGGGGCCGGGAGCGGGUGCGGGAGCAGAAGGUGCAUGGGCUGAAGAGGCCUGGAAGCCAGCGAGCCUUAACUGGAGAGGCGGAAGACCUGAACUCCUAGCCCUUGAACUUGAACUCUAGGCCCUGGAUUUGCCUUCCCACUGAAACUCCUUCUGCCUCGGCCCCUUCAUCUGUCACAUGCGGGCAGAAUGGGGUGGGAGAAUGCCGGGAGGCGGGUAGGCAGGAAGUCUUCAUGACUGUGUCGCGGGCAGUCAUGAAGAUGAAGUGAACGUAGACUAAAACGUAUGCCGAGUUUACCAGAGAGCCACGAGGAAGUCUGAGCGCCUCUUCCCGUCCCCUCGACUGUACCUGACUCCAAAGAAUGCCCACACUGAAAUCUGGUAAUUAAACUAAAGCCCAGGCCCCCGGGUUGUUCACUUAAA